AUAAAUAAAGGGCUGCAAUUACAACACCAACUGCCGCCGCGACUGAAAGGCUGCUUCUUGAAAAUUAGGCAUCUACACCUUUUAUUUCACCGUUUAAGCUGUAUUUAUUUUGCAUUCAGGAUAUUUAACCUGACUUGAUUUUAAAGAGUGCUUGUAGUGGAUGCCUAAGCAUCAAUCCCUCUAAUUCUCUUUUCAUUCUCUAUUACAGUGCAAAGUUUCGAAGCUGAAUUCAAAAAGAUGACAGACUUGCGAAGAAAUCGUUACUCUAUUUCUGCAGGAGUAGGGAAAUCCACAUACGAUUCUUUUGGACGAUUUUUAAACUCUCCGAGAAAGCCUUUUCCUAGUAAAUUUGACAGCGAAAAUGAACGGACUGGGUUCGACUUUCCUUGGACGCCUUACGGUUUAGAUUGGUUAAAACAAGAAAAUAGCACAAAAGAAUGGGUAGCCGUAGGAAGUUUGAUUGAAGAACCCGCAAACAAGAUUCAAAUACUUAACGUAUCAAAUGAAGGAACUGGAAAACCUGAAGUAAAAAAGUCGCUUUCAACGGCAAACGAUUUGGAAUAUCCCGUUACCAAAUUAAUGUGGAACCCACCUUCUUUAAGUUCAAAUGACUCUUCGAAACUAUUGGCGUCGACUGAUCAAAAAUUGAGGAUUUGGAAUGCGCCAAUUGAUUCAGAAAGCACUGGCUCUCUUAAGUGCGAAGCUGCUUUGUCUACGAGUGGAAAGACUCACAGUAGUGCUCCUUUGACGUCGUUUGAUUGGUGUAAAGCAGAUCCAUCUCUUAUAAUUGUCAGUAGCUUAGAUACUACAUGCACUGUCUGGGAUGUGGCCGCUCAACAAUCGAGAACCCAGUUAAUUGCUCAUGACAGAGAGGUUUACGACGUUGCAUUUAUCAAAGAUAGUAUGCAUGUAUUUGUGAGUGUGGGAGCUGAUGGAAGUGUACGAAUGUUUGAUUUACGUUCUCUCGAACAUUCUACGAUUAUUUAUGAAGGAGACAGCAGUCAUUGGAAGCUCACGGGAGAUGGAAACAGCGGCCCUGUUAAUGUUUCCAGACCUUUAGUAAGACUAGCUACAUGUGACGCUGAUGCCAAUUUGAUGGCUACUUUCCAUCAUAAAUCAUCAGACAUACAAAUGAUUGAUAUUCGAGCUCCAGGGACAGCAUACACAAAUUUGAGCAGUCUCCGGGGAGGAGAUGUAAAUGCGGUAAGCUGGAUGCCAAAUUCGCGAAGCAAGCUAGCUUCAUGUGGCGAUGAUAGCAUGGUACAUGUUUGGGACUUGUCGCGUCCUUUAACCACAAGCGGAACACCAGCUCGCCGGGGAUCAAAUUCGGUUACGCCAUCUGGUUCAACCGCACCUAUAUCAGAAUACGGUACACCAGUGACGACUGCACAUUCCACUGGGUCUUCAACAGAAAACCGAUUUUCUCCUAUUGGUUCUUGGAAGUUUGAAAGCGAAGUCAACAAUAUAUCUUGGUCCGGAAAGCAAGAUUCGAUUGCUGCCUUGUACGGGAAAUCUCUAGAGCUGUUCUCACUGUAGUUUUAUAGCCGAAUAUAACAGUAACUGUGCAGAAGACAACACACUCUUAGGAGCAGACAUUACAAAAUCCCAAAGCAGCUCAAGGAAAAGUGUUAACACCCAAGUGGAUUUAUGAAAAACUAUUUGAACGAAACUAUAAAAAAAGGUGAAAAAGGUGAAAAAAUAAGCGAAAACAUUUACUUCUUGAUUAGUUUUUCAACAAACUCUUUCCCUUCUUUCUCAUGUAACAAUAUUACGCUAUUUCUAUUGUCUCUCGAUACGAUAAUGAUUAUAACUACCUGAAAUAAAUUGGUUCGCCCAGUUCUUUCUCGCAAACACACA